AUGUCAGUCACCGCCUUCACUUGCAUCCCCGACCCUCGCCCCAGUCGCCUGAAUCGUAUCGGCCAACUGCGAAACUACACGCAAAAUCGCAGUUUGAGCAGUCGAUUCCCCUGGCGUUCGUCGACCUCUGGGCCCAACUCGCCGAACCCGGUGGAGAACUCGAACGCGAGCUCCACUCCGUGCCCAGAUACCGAUCACCCAGCCCUCUCACGGUACACAUCGGCGCCCUCUGAAAGUUCGGGCUUUGGCGACCUUACCAGUCGCGUCUCCUCUGCCGAUUCCGCGGUUUCGACUCAGUCCAACGAAGCCCCUCAGACAACAGCUCAUGUCAUGGCUCGGCUGAGGAGCGCUUCAGCCGCACAGCACCCGCCACCACGCACACAAGAUCGACAAAACUCUGAAUCUAGUGCCUCCCCUGAGCCGAAUUCCCUGCAAACCGAUGGAAUCGCGCCAACCAGCGUCCCCGAGGACUCGAUUACCUCGCCGAAACCAGACAAGAAGGCGACCAUUCGUUUCUUCCCAUAUCAGGAUUCCCACGCGAGUACCAGCACGAGACCGUCACUACCCUUUGUUCCUGUCGCCCGCACCCUGCCGUCUGAAAGCUGUGUGAUUCGAGUGGGCCGAUACUCGGAACGCGAUGGCAUUCCCGUCCCUAACCCCACCGAACCCUCGGAUGCCCCUGUGGGCUUCAAGUCCAAGGUAGUGAGCCGGAAACACUGCGAGUUCUUGUACGUCAAUGGACAGUGGCAUAUCAAGGAUGUGGGGAGCUCGUCGGGCACGUUUUUGAACCAUAUGCGCCUAAGCCAGCCCAAUAUGGUCUCCCGUCUGUAUUCGAUCAAAGACGGAGAUAUUGUCCAACUGGGUAUUGAUUUCCGCGGUGGAGAAGAGAUGAUCUUCCGAUGCGUUCGCAUUCGCAUCGAGUGUAACCGAUCGUGGCAACAGCAGCCUAACGAGUUCAACAAAAAUACAGAAAGCCUGAUCAAAAACUUGGGCAAAGGCGAGACAGCCGAUUACUCGGGAUGUCGGGAAUGUUCUAUCUGCCUGGGAUCUGUUCUGCGCCCCUACCAAUGUUUGUUCAUGGCAGCCUGCGCACACGUUUGGCAUUACAAAUGUAUCAGCCGACUGCUCCACUCGCCUGACUAUCCUAUGUUCCAAUGCCCCAAUUGUCGUGCAUUCACCGAUCUCAGCGCAGAGGUAGACGACUCCAAUGACCUCGAAGACAAGCGUGAGAAGGAACCAGCAGCAGCACACGAGCAACAAGAAGAAGAACCACAACAUGGUCCCACCGAGCAGAUACCAGAGGCAUCGUCGGAAAGCCAAAACAUCCCAUCAACAAACGACGUGGAUCAGCCUGAAGACCAACUGGGAGAUGUCACCGAAGAAGAAAACCUACCGAAUGACACUGAAGAAGCUAGCCUAUCAAAUGGCGCCCAAGAAGCUAGCCUAUCAAAUGGUGCGGGUGGCUUGCUCAUCCAUCACGACCAACUGGGAAGUUUCAUCGAAGAAGAUAGCCUAGCCAAUGGCCUGGAGCACCUGCUCAUUCAAGACUACCUGCGAACUGAUACCCGCUCGGACGACGCACAAAGCACCGGCUCACCAGCUCCCGAUUCCAGCAACACCGACCUCGCACGCAGCGCCACAAUCAGCAUACCCGGCUGGCAACCCAGCCAACCCCUCAGCAUACCGCCAGGCAGACAAGCUCAGUUGCGGUCAGACACCCCAGGGCGCUCAGAGACAUCAGACGAUAACCCGCUGACACCGCGCAACGACUCCGGCCCCCUCGCCUUCGACGGAAGAGCGGGAAUGCCUUAG